AUGGGGUCUGCUGCUUCGCUCCUGAAAGAUGUGGAGCACGCGACGGCUGAACAAUUGAGAGCCGCAGCGAGCACGCUCUCUGCCGAUGAGCAUGCAAAGGUGACUGCAGCUGUUAAACAGCUCCAUGCCUUUCGAUGCGAGACAGACGUGGGUGCCGUUGUAGCAGUCGCGGGCGAGAACGAAGACGGCGCAGACGAGGCUUUAGCAGCUGAGUUGGAAGAGCAGGAGAAAAUGUUCCUGAAAUGCUUACGCAAGCGCGCCGAAAGAGAAGCCAAAAAAAAACUGGAAAAGGAGGAGAAGAAAGCUGCAGCUAAGAAGCUGAAAGAAGCGGCUAUGGAGGCGGCUUUCGAAAAUGAACUAGACAAUCUACUGAAGCUGCUGGAUGAAGGUGUUGAGCCAGAGUGUGCGGAUGAACACGGCACAACUCUUCUCUCUGAAGCCUGUGCUGGCAAUGCGCAAGAUGUGGCUGAGAUGUUGAUUGGCGAGGGCUGCGAUCCCAACUCGGUCGGCCGCUAUCGCCGGACCCCGCUUUGGCGCGCGGCCUAUGCUGGCAAUCACGAACUUAUCCGUCAGCUGCUGCGGUCGGGUGGUGAUCCACGGGAGUGCGACGAGCAAGGGGCCCGGCCCAUUGAUGUAGCAAGCAAUCCCCAGUCGCGUGAGUAUUUGGUAUGUUGGGACCCAGCGUCCACGGACCGCAUCAAAGACGACAAGAGAAAGGCUGCCAAGAAUGCAGAGAAGGAGGAGAAGGCGAAGUUCAAGAGGCAGCAGCAAGAGCUGGUGGAUUCCCUGGAAGAGUCCGAGCGCCGGAUGCAGGUGUCGAAGAGCGAGCUUGCAAGGGCUCGAAAAUUGUUGGUCGACUAUCGCCAGCAGAAGGUAUCCUUUGUCGAGCAGGGAGCCUCAGAGAAGCUGGCGGAACUGGAGCCGCUCAUCGAGUCAGCGGAAGCACAGGUAAAACUCUUCGAAGGCAGUGUGCAGGAAUGGGAAUGGAAGGCUUCUCGGGCCAGGUUAAAGAUGAACGACCUCGAGCAGGCCAAGAAGGAGAAGGAAGCCAAAGCCGCUGGAAAGCUGCGAGGCUUCAAGGUGCAGGUCAACUGCGCUUCCUUGGAGGAGCUCGAGUCCGUCCUGCCGAAGUUGAGCAACACGCUGGAGGUGAGCGAAGACUUUGCUUGGAACGACAUCGAUCUUGUGAAGGGGGAUGCGCUGAUCAAGGAUGGGCCUUUCAUCCAUCUCAAAACGAGUGAGUUCAACAAGCAGUUCCUUCAGGGCUACGGCAAGCCGCUUCCGGCGGAAGAGGCUGAAGCUCAGACUGAAGGAGAAGAGAAAGAGGAACCCUUUCCGCUGAUCCUCAACUUCUCCAGGGGCUUCAACCGCACGGUUCCCAUCAAAGCCAUUGCAGAUGUGAUGCUGAAAGAUGUUGGCGGCUUGAGAGCGGAGGAUGGCCGGUGGCCGUUCGUCAUAGACCCCUCCGGUCGCACUUCCACCUUCAUCAAGUACUCGGGUGCGGCAGUUUUCAACAUCGUCGAGCUUAAGGACAUGGAGCCACUUCGGCUGCGACGAGCUUUCUUGAAUUCCCUCAUCCACGGCGGUGCCAUUCUGAUAGAUCUUGGAAGCUUCGACACAAAGAUUGAUGUGGUGGCUGAUAAGUUCAAUGACCUUGAGAAAGGGCUCUUUGCCAAACUUCUCGACCGUGCCGUUCUGUAUGCCUAUCUGCUACCGCGGCGCUUUAAAAGCUUGAUUGUGAAGGAGAUCGCGCAGGAUUUUCAGAUAAGUGCCUUCAUGGACGCAGCACUGUCGAAGUUUGUGUUCGGCUUUGUCACCUCGUACCGGGAUCCUGAUCUGGACUUUGCCAAGCAGUUUUACACGAUCAGUGUCAAAGGAGGAGACGAGGAAAACCAGUCUGCUUCGGCUCGCCGCGGAGCGAACCUGGACAUGUCGCCGGUGAUUCCGACAGGCCUUCCCUGCCCAGAAGCAACGCCCGGCAACAACAUGGUCUUUUACGGUGCGUCCGCAGCGCCAAGUUGCAGAGAAGCGGCCUUGGCUGCAGCGAAACAGAGCUUGGUGGCAUCGCAUGGCAUCAAAAAGCCUUCACGGGUGGUGCGGGCCAAGACACUUUCCCGCAUGGAUCGCAUCAGCCCGGAGCCUUCUGCAACUGCGGGAGGUGAGAGCGAUCUGGUGCUGCAAGGCCACCACCCUCAAAGGAUAUUGAACAACCGGGACAUCCGCCAAGCAAUCCCCGAGGUCUCCCCAACAGCCGCAGAUUCGAGCCCAGACGCUGUUGCUCCCAGCAUUGGCGCCUUUCUUGGCUGGACUCCUCUGCUCGUCAGUGGGCAUGCAGCUGCAAGCCCUUUCUGCCCUCCGGAGAGCUCGGAAGCUCCAUGGGAGGAGGAAGAAUGGUCUGCCAGCGAGGCAGAAGGCAGUGAAGCGGAGUUCGACUAUCGCCAAUACAGGUAUCGGGAGGUGGUGGCUCGCAGACCCGAGAAUGCACCGGACGUCGGUGUGCGACGGAAGGUUCGACGGGGGCACCGUUCCGCCAAUACAGAGAUGAUAAAUUCGGAUGAUGAUGCGGUGGAUGCAUGGAAUACCCAUUCCAACAACCAGCCAGAAGACGCCGGUCUUCUCGCGCCCUCCAGCCGGCUGCUUGCAGAUAGUGAGAACUAUUUGGAUUCACCUUGUGACGAGGAGCUGUCAAAAGUUGCCGGUGUUUUAGUUCAAUUUUACGGCCUCGGCAAGGAGGCCAUCAAGUUCAAAGGAGCUAUUCCCAACGUGCUCCUUGUGUCGAAGGAAGCUUGGAGUUGCAGGGGUCGCAGAGACAGCCAGGCAGAGGAACCACCGGUCCUUUGGAUAAGAGGUGGACGAGUAUACGACUUCCAUGGUGACCGUGGCACCGUUGCAGAAUUUGAGCACGAUCUUCUUGUGCGUCAGGUGGAGGAUGAUGCAAUUUGCCGCCAAAGGCGGCAGAAGCAAGGGCUCAUGCCCUUUCCGUUUGCGGCCUUGCCCCUGAAAGACAAGGCAAGUGACGAGCAAGACGAUGCAGAGGCUGUCGCCGCUCGUGACGUCCGAAGGCGGAUAUAA